GGUUCAAUAGCGCACUACCGGAUAUUUCCGGUUUGAAUAUUUUAAUGUUGAGCUUCGUCAAAAAGCACUUCAACCGUUGUUGUUAUUUACCAUUCCACUUCGACCACAGACAGUGAUUCAGUGUGCUAAGCUACUUGACGUUAACGGUUAGCUCGGUUGUCGUCAUGGUCGACGUCAGCGCGCAGGAGACGAACGUGUGAGCGAACGACAGCUCGCAGCUCCGCGGCCCGGCCGGUAAACGACCACCGUCUGCGCGCGCAUUCACCUGAAGCUACGCUGCUCCCGACAUGAGGAGGCUGACCAAGAAGAAGGCUCUGACCCUGGUGAAGGAGCUGGACGCCUUCCCCAAAGUCCCCGACAGCUACGUGGAGUCCACGGCCAGCGGCGGCACAGUGUCGCUGAUCGCCUUCUGUCUCAUGGCCGUGCUCGCCUUCCUGGAGUUCUUCGUGUACACGAACACGUGGAUGAGGUACGAGUACGAGGUGGACAAAGACUUCAGCAGCAAACUCAGGAUAAAUGUGGACAUUACAGUUGCGAUGAGAUGCCAAUAUAUUGGUGCAGAUGUCCUGGAUCUGGCCGAGACCAUGGUUGCAUCCGAUGGCUUGAAAUAUGAACCGGUCAACUUUGAACUGUCACCAGAGCAAAGAUUAUGGCACAUGACCCUUCUGCACAUCCAGGAGCGUCUGAGAGUGGAGCACUCUCUUCAGGAUGUUCUCUUCAAGGCUGCAAUAAAAGGAGCUCGACCUGCUCCGCCUCACAGUGAGGACAGUUCCACUUCCUACACCGCCUGCAGGAUACAUGGACACCUGUAUGUUAACAAGGUGGCAGGAAAUUUCCACAUUACUGUUGGCAAGUCCAUCCCACAUCCCAGGGGCCACGCUCACCUUGCUGCUCUUGUCAGCCAUGACUCUUAUAACUUUUCCCACCGGAUCGACCACCUGUCCUUUGGAGAAGGGAUCCCCGGGAUUAUCAACCUUCUGGACGGCACAGAGAAAGUCUCUCCUGAUUCUAACCACAUGUUUCAGUACUUCAUCACCAUCGUACCAACCAAGCUGAAUACCUACAAGGUUUCCGCUGACACACAUCAGUACUCGGUCACAGAGCGGGAACGAGCAAUAAACCAUGCUGCAGGCAGCCAUGGAGUCUCUGGGAUCUUUAUGAAAUACGAUAUUAGUUCACUAAUGGUCAGAGUCACUGAGCAGCACAUGCCCCUGUGGCAGUUUCUCGUCAGGCUCUGCGGAAUCAUCGGAGGCAUUUUCUCCACCACAGGUAUGGUCCACAGUAUGGUCGGCUUCCUGGUUGAUGUAGUUUGCUGUCGUUUCAAAAUGGGGAUCUACAAACCUCCCAAGGAGGCUCCUCUGAUUGAACAGGAAAACAGCGAAACCUCAGUUCCGACAGAAAGUUCCUUGCAACAAUGAGACAACAACAACAACUCCGCUCCAGCCAACUGACCGCUCACCAUCUUGGCCUAAAUCAGCAAUGAGAUGCUAGACAAUGUUUACACGUUGUUUUAUUAUAAAAUGUGUCCCUGCUUUGUUUAGAAAUGUGUAAAUAUUUUUAUCUUCAUCUCUUUUUUUUUUAUUGGAUGGGUGUGAGAUUCAGACGUGAUUGUCACGGGAAGGAUUGUAAUCUGUACCUCCACUAAUGUUCUGUCAUUUCACUGAAAGGGUUCAUCAGGAGGACUGAAAAACAUCAUUAUUGUAGGUCUGACUUCAUUAAAUAGACCUGAUGUUCAGUCUCCCAUGGUAACACAUCACACACUGGUGUUUUCACUUGUCAUGGUUAAUGAGACUUUUUCUCCUGGUUACAUUUUUCUAUAUACACUUGAUUGACAGGUGAGGUUUUUCAUGCAGUACGGUGACCCCAGAAAACUCCCAGCGUAUCUGCUCAACUUCAGGCCAGAGAGCUACAACAAAGGGAAAACGUGUGGGCGUGCAGGGCCUUUAAAGUGGUAUUGAGUGAAAAGAUGUGAAGGAUUUUUAAAUUGUUCCACAAGUGUGCCUGUAUGUAAAUGAUUGUUGUAAGUAUGAGGCUGACUUGUUAAAUAAAAUCCACUUUUAAUUUGA